UUUCAUACUCGCUCAGGCAUGUUCUCCAAAGAGAAACCGAAAGGUUGGACUUAGUCCAGUGGACUUUCGACAUUGGGAGUGAGAAGCUGCAGUGCGGGUUUAGUCGACGUUGCAAGUGCGGGCGACAAGAAACAAUUAUGAAGCUUCAAAUAGGUAGUGAAGUCUUUUUGCUGCUUCUCAUCCUGCGCAUUACAUUUCAGCAACAAGCUCAAUUUUCUCUUGUGGGAUCAAAUCUUCCUAUUACUAGCCAUGUGGGAGGAAGUGUGGUCCUCCCAUGUCUCCUUACUUCCAAAACAAGUGCUGUUGAUAUGGAGAUCAAGUGGUUGAAAAAUAAAGAUGUUGUGCAUUCAUAUGUGCCUCUGAAGUCCAAAGAAACAGGAUCUGAAGAAAGGACAGCACUUUUCAAAGGAGAGCUGCCAUUUGGAAAUGUUUCACUGCUGCUGAAAGAUCUGCGUGUCUCUGAUGCUGGCACAUAUUCCUGUAAUGUGUUUGGUGCUGACUGGUUUGUGGAUACAUUAGUGGAGCUGAAAGUUACAAGUCUUGGCAAUAUACCUAAUCUCAUAAUUAGUAAACAGGAUAAUGGACAGAUUAUUGUUGAAUGUGAAACAGAGAAGUGGUACCCUAAGCCAGAUCUGCAUUGGAAGACCUUCAAGAACACAGAUUUAACUGGACAAUCUGAAACUUCAGUGACAACUGUUGCAGGACUGUUUAGUAUCAGUAGUUCACUUCCAGUGUCUGUACAGGACAGAAAAGGAAUUGCCUGCCAAAUUGACUUCGGUGAAGACAAAUUGACUUACCAGUCUAGAGUCCAGAUCCCAAAUGAAUUCUUCACUUUUGUCCAGUCACAGUGGAAGGGCUGGGCUAUAUUUUUUGCAUUAUGCUUCAUUUCUGUUCUGUGUAUUUUGGCAGUGGGUGUAUACUUCUUCAGAAAAAAUAAAGCUAAUGUAGAAAAUCAGAAAAAGGAACUUGUUGAUGAGAAUCAAGACCUACUGAAGGAAAUCAAGUCUACUGGUUAUACAAUUAAAUCAGAAUGGGAAAGAUUACGAAAAGCCGCUGCUCAUGUGACUUUGGACCCUGAAACUGCACACCCCCGCCUUGUUGUGUCUACAGAUGGUCAUCGUGUACGAGAUCAGUUUAAAGAUCAGACUGUCCCUGACACUCCACUCAGGUUUGAUGCCUGGAUCUUUGUCCUGGGGAGGGAGAGUUUCACCUCAGGACAGCACUACUGGGAGGUGGAUGUGAAGGAGAGGUCUGAAUGGUAUUUGGGUGUCGUCAGUGAGUCUGCACAGAGAAAAGGACGAGUGAGUCUGAAACCUCAGUCAGGAUACUGGAUUGUGAGGCUGUAUAGUGAUGAGCUGACUGCACUGACUGACCCUGAGACCACACUGCGACUGAGAGCGAUACCCCAGAAGGUGGGAGUGUACCUGGAUUGUGAUGAGCGGCGUCUCUCAUUUUACAGUAUUGAGGACCACUGGCACAUCUACACCUUCAAUGGAGGUGUCACUGGGAAACUGUACCCGCUGUUUGAACCUGGAGUUGAAGGAGAAGAGCUUGAGAUCCUGCAGCCUGCAAAUGAAACAAACAACUCUGACCAGCUCAAGGAGGUUGUCUAACAGAGAUUAUACCACAGAUAUUUGUACGAAUUUGUUUUUAAAUCUCUGCAGUUUUGUUUCAUGAAGAAUUAAUGUGGAUUGCCAUUAAGUGCAGUGCAUUGCAGCUACUAGACUUGAACUCUCAUGUGUUUGCUUUACAUCAGUGUUUGACAAAGCUAAGCCAGGAGACAGAAGUGCACUGCCCUGACACUUGAACAAGAUAAGGUCUGGUAAGGACUGGGAUAAAACAAAUAUAGACUUUGAAAUGAAAAAGUAAUAUUUUAGUCAUUGAAACUGUGUGCUUAUAUAAGACAACAAUCGGGCAAGACAAAGAAAUUUUAUUGUGUUUAAUUGUCUCAGUUCUUCUGUCUUUACCUCUGUCGACUGACAUUUAACCUGCAAGUGGAAAACUUUUGGAUAUCUGGAUCUGUUCUGCUCUCCAGAAAACAAUGCAGUUCAAUGAAAAAUGAUCAAGUUUUGGUUUAAGACUAUGGAAGAACUUUCGUCUGUCUCCUGAUAUGUGUGUGUUGUAAUUUGUUAUCAGUCAAAGUCAAUCAUUCAGAUUAAUUUUAGAAUUAUUUUAUUGUAUUCUGGCAUUAACCUCCUGAUAUUCCGAAGAUCUGUUUGACCAAUACUACUUUUUCUGCUUAAUUUUCACAAAAGGAUAAAACAACAAUAAAAUCUUUAAUGGAAAAGA